CAUCGAGCGGGCACCAAUCUCGCCACCACUCUGCCUUGGCCGUGUUCGAGUGAUUUCUGUAGCUCAUCAUCCUAGCUUGGACUGCGAAAAACCAUGGCGUACGGCAGCCGAAUGAGCCAGCAAUUCCAUGGCUCCCAGCAACACCACAAUAGAGGUCGCAAAAAGGAGGAUGAUAAUGAUGCUCUCAUGCGCCUGCCAGACAAGGAAAUCGCAGGAUGCAUUAAUGACAUCGGCAUCCCUUUCACCGCCGCAGACUUGAUCAAGCCAAACCCGCAACAGAUUCAAAUGGUCUUUGAAUGGUUUGCUGAGCUCCUCAUGAAUAUGACACGCGAAACCGUAGAGCCAGCGAUGCGAGCUGCGGCGGAUGAUAUCUGCGGCGACUACCCCGACAUCGUACCUACCGACACGCGCAACCUCAUGGGGUUCUUUACCAGCUUACGGCGGUUGAUGAUGGAAUGCGGUGUCAAUGAUUUUAUGUUUACCGAUCUCACCAAGCCUACCCAUGAUCGACUCGUCAAGAUAUUCUCCUAUCUCAUCAACUUUGUUAGAUUCCGCGAAUCUCAAACGCCCGUUAUUGAUGAGCACUUCAACAAGGGCGAGAAGAUCAAAUCGCGCAUUGACACCCUGUACACGGAGAAUCAGGAGAUGGAGCAGCGCCUCGAAGAAAUGCGCCGGACUAUGAAGGCCAACGAGGCACAAGUUAAGGACAAGGUACGACGUAACGACGAGUUGAAAGCGCGACUACUCGAACUGCGGCGCAACCAAGAGCGAGUGGCCGAGAUGCUAGAAAGAGCCAAGGCGGAUAAGGCAAGACGGCAAGCGCAACUCGAGGAGAAGACAGAAAGGGUCGUUCGUACGCGGCAAGAAGUUGAGAAACUGCGUCCUUAUGUAAUGGAGAGCCCCAUCUCUCUCCAGGCCUCGCUGAGUGAUUUGUCGGAGAAUCUCCUUCGUGAGAAAGCGCAAAUCGAUGCGAUGGAGAAACGAGCGAGAGCUCUGCAAACAUCGUCAGACACGUUUACGGUUGUUAGUAACGACGUGCAGGCCUGCGUGCGCCUUCUCGAAGAUAUAUCCGUGGAACUGCAAAAGGAAGAUGAUGAAGAGUCAAGGGCCUCUAGAAAUAGAGAAGCCAUUUCUGAGCGAGGGAACAAUGUUAGAGAGGUGGAGCAGACUGAGAAGUUGCUGCAGCGGCAGCUGGCACGAUGGAAUGAGAGGAUCGAGGCUCUGCGAAAGAAUGCUCAAGAAAAGGCCGAAAUCGCGCAGGCGCGUAUGGAGGAACUCCGGGAGGUCCAGAAACAACUCCGGGAGGAGAGAGCUGAAAAGCAGCGCGACAUGGAGCGGAGGAGAAUCCGGAUAGAACAAACUGAGAAGAAGAUGGCCGAUCUCAAGGAGAACAUUGAAAGCGAAAUACAAAGCGCUCACGAUGAAUACCUGAAGUUGGAGUCACAUAUCAAACUCUAUAUCACGGACAUGGAGAAAUGCCUAUAAGUUUGGGAAUUCAUUACGGUGUCAAAUCGGGAGUUUAGGGCUGGUUCAAGGAUACCCGGUUGUUUAGGGGGGUUUACAUUGUCUUAUAGUACAUAUCUUGCUUUAUUACUGUCAUUCAAAUCGUCAGGCGUCUAUGAUUGUAGUGUCUGUAAUCGGAGCCUCAUUAUCAUUAAA